CUCACUUAAUAGGUUGUAGGCAUCAUGAAAUCUUCUAAUUUUGCCGUUUUUGCUCUCCUUCUUGCAUUUCUUCUAGCAUUUGCUAGUACUUCAGAAUCAAGAAAAGAUGCAGAAGGAGAAUACUGGAGAAAUGUGAUGAAAGAUCAACCAAUGCCAAAGGAAAUUCAAGGGCUUAUUGUUCAUGAUCAUUUGGAGUCGGCACCGAAGAAUUCGAAUGAGAAAGCCGACUGUCAUGGAACUCAUGAUCAGAAUUCCUUCACUGAUGACUUUGAACCAACACCAAACGUCUCAGCUUAUCCUGAUGAUAUUGACGCCAAACAAGCAGGAACAUCCUUUAAAUUUGCUAAAGAUUUGGAGCCGGGUCCACAAGCUUCUAAAUAUAGCGAGUGACGGAUCCAAAAAUAAUAUUCAAAUCCAUGAUCAUAGUGAUCAUUUCUACGCUAAUGAUCUCAAACAGUCAUGUAUUAAUUAAAGUUUAAAUAAGCUGUUUGAGAAGCGCCUUGUGAAAAAAAAAUGUUGGUUUUAUAUGAUACUUGUGAUGUUUAUCUAUGAAUAUCUUGAUACAUAUUAUAAGUACGGUAUGUCAUGCGUGGA